UUAGAGUUAAUUCACGUUUCAUAUCGAUCACUCGUGCUGAAUAAUUACUAGUGAACAAUGGCUUUAUUUAGAGUAACUUCGUCGAAAUACAUAACCGAAGCACAUCAGAGAUUGCUGCCAGCUAUCGUAACAUGCGUACGAAACAUUUCAGCCGAUAGCACCGACUUGAGAGGCAUUCUUGCAGACAAAGUUCCAAAAGAGCAAGAACGUGUCAAGAAUUUCCGUAAAGCUCAUGGAGCCACAAAAGUUGGUGAAGUUAAUGUCGAUAUGAUGUAUGGUGGUAUGCGUGGCAUCAAAGGUCUCGUAUGUGAAACCUCCGUAUUAGAUGCUGAUGAAGGUAUUCGUUUCCGUGGACUUUCAAUCCCAGAAUGUCAACAAGUCUUGCCAAAAGCCCCAGGCGGUAACGAACCAUUGCCUGAAGGUCUUUUCUGGCUCUUGAUUACCGGCGAUGUUCCAACUCAAGCUCAAGUUGAUGCUCUUUCAAAGGAAUGGGCUAAUCGUGCUGAUUUGCCAGGACAUGUUGUCACCAUGCUCAACAACUUCCCAUCAACACUUCAUCCAAUGUCACAGCUCUCAGCUGCUAUUACAGCAUUGAAUCACGAAAGCAAAUAUGCUAAAGCCUAUUCAGAGGGUGUCCAUAAAUCUAAAUACUGGGAAUAUGUGUAUGAGGACAGCAUGGAUUUGAUCGCCAAAUUGCCAGUUGUUGCUGCCACCAUUUAUCGUAAUACCUACGGUGAUGGCAAAGGAAUUGGAGCAAUUGACCCAAAACUUGAUUGGUCAGCAAACUUUUGCCGUAUGUUAGGAUAUGACAACAAAGAAUUCAUUGAAUUGAUGAGAUUGUACUUGACAAUUCACAGUGAUCACGAGGGUGGCAAUGUCAGUGCACAUACAGUUCAUCUUGUUGGAUCAGCUCUUAGCGAUCCAUACUUGUCAUUUGCUGCCGGUAUGAAUGGUUUGGCUGGACCACUUCACGGAUUAGCUAAUCAAGAAGUAUUGGUAUGGCUCCAAAAAUUACGCGCAGAACUUGGUGAUAAUGCUAAUGAGGAUAAGGUCAAGGACUUCAUUUGGAAGACACUUAAAUCAGGACAAGUCGUUCCUGGCUAUGGACAUGCCGUUUUAAGAAAGACAGAUCCUCGUUAUACAUGCCAACGUGAAUUUGCUCUUAAACAUUUACCUGACGAUCCAUUAUUCAAACUUGUCAGCAAUAUCUACAAGGUCGUUCCUCCAAUCCUUACUGAAUUAGGCAAGGUUAAGAACCCAUGGCCAAAUGUUGAUGCUCACUCUGGUGUCUUAUUGCAAUAUUAUGGAUUGAAGGAAAUGAACUACUACACUGUCUUAUUCGGUGUUUCACGAGCUCUUGGUGUUCUCGCUUCACUUGUGUGGGAUCGUGCUCUUGGUUUGCCAAUCGAACGUCCAAAAUCUUUGUCUACAGACGGAUUAAUGAAGGCUGUCGGAUACAAACCUUAAAUUUAUUUCAUAACGUAACACAAAAAAAAAUCAAAAUAAAGCAUUAUUUUGAGUUCAAUGAACUCAAUGUUAACAUUAUAAAUCAGCUAGAAUAAUGACCUUCAGCUGCAAUAGAAUGAAAUAACGAAAUGCAAAGUUACUUUACCAAAAAAUAAUUCCUCAAGCAAGCAGCAGCAAACGCUAAAUUUACAUUUAUUCAACUAUUUAUUUGUUCAUGUAUUUCAAUUUUACCUAUCACUACACUAAUAUGUAUUGAUUCAAGAAUCCGAAUGAUACGAUAAAAUUGCAAAUAUCUUAAAAUAGAAGUAAAACUUGAUUAGUAUCAUUCGUUCCUGCCUUUUUAUUAUUAUUUGUUCUUAUUUUGAUGUUGAUUAUAAAAUCAUCGAAUUGGAGAC